AUGUCUGACUACGAAGAUGAAAUGGACGUCGAUGCUCCGGCGUCCAAAGACAUCACCUUCUCGUCCGAUGCCAAGCAGGGCAAACGCAGUGCCGCCAACCUCCCCGUCGAAGCCGAAGACAGCUUGCCUUGGGUCGAAAAGUACCGUCCGGUCAACCUGAAUGACGUCUCGGGCCACCAAGACAUCCUCGCCACGAUCAACAAGUUUGUUGACUCCAACCGCCUUCCCCACCUCCUCCUCUACGGGCCCCCGGGAACGGGCAAGACCUCCACGAUCCUCGCCCUCGCCCGACGCAUCUACGGCGCCGAGAACAUGCGCCAGAUGGUCCUCGAGCUCAACGCCUCCGACGACCGUGGUAUCGACGUCGUGCGCGAGCAGAUCAAGACUUUUGCCUCGACAAAGCAAAUCUUCACUCUCGGCCCCGCCGCCAAGGCGGGCGGCAUGGCGUCGUACAAGCUCAUCAUCCUCGACGAAGCCGACGCCAUGACCAACACGGCCCAGAUGGCUCUUCGCCGCAUCAUGGAAAAGUAUACGGUCAACACACGGUUCUGCAUCAUUGCAAACUACUCCCACAAGCUGUCGCCCGCGCUGCUGUCGCGAUGCACGCGGUUCAGGUUCAGCCCGUUGAAGGAGCGUGAUAUCAGGGUUCUGGUGGAUAAGGUCAUUGAGGAGGAGCACGUCAAGAUCAUGUCCGAGGCGACAGAGGCGCUGGUAAAGCUGAGCAAGGGAGACAUGAGACGGGCGCUGAACGUGCUUCAGGCCUGCCAUGCAUCAAGUACACCACUCCGAACCAAGGACGAGCCCAAGGUCCCCGACAGCGAAAUCGUCAGAGAGACAAUCACGACCGAGACGAUAUACAACUGCAUCGCCGCCCCGCAGCCCGAUGCCAUCCAAGAGAUCCUCGACACCCUCCUGAGCACGACCGACGUAACUACUUGUUUGACGACCAUCAACUCGCUAAAGGUGUCGCGGGGCCUGGCGCUGGCGGACAUUAUCACGGCGGUUUCGGAGCAGCUGGCCACGUUGGAGGUCAAGUCAGAGGUGAUGAUCAAGUGGCUUGACGGGCUGGCGGACAUUGAGCACCGCGUUGCGGGUGGAGGCAGCGAAGCCGUGCAGACGGGUGCCGUGGUCGGCGUCAUUCGCAGCGGCGCAGAGUUGAUGAGCAAAUAA